GGUCAGAGUGAAAGAAACUAAAAAUGGUGAAACUGGAAAGUAGCUGUUCAUGUUAAUGAAAAGUGUGAAAGUUCACAAAGCUCUCUUUUGCCUUUCUCUUUUUAUCUUCAUUGUUUCUUCUUUCUCUAUCAACUGUGCUUUCAAAUACUGAUUUUAAAGGGGCGAACGGAACAUUGAAUUACAGCUUCAAACUGAGCAAUAAUUGUGAGUUUUUGUUUGAAUCAGUUUGUUUGGAGGAAAUGAGUGUGGAAAAUCCAUGGGUUCCUGUGACCCCGGUAAAGGCCGUUUUGAGAAGACCAUCGCAUGAGGAAGAAAAUCAACAGAAAUCAGAUGGGUCUAUUGAAGAAACUGAAGCUGAAGGUGAAAAAAUAAAUGCAUGUUCAGAUACUCCUAAUUUGGUGACUCUAGACAAUGGGGAAAUUUUGGUGGUGGAUUUGAGUGAGAUGAAAGGGGUUCAGAAUGAGGCAAACUGUUGUUCUAGUUCUUCUUCUUUGGAGAAAGUAGAGUCCAUUUCACAGGGUGAACUUUCUAGCAAGACUAUCCCCCAUUUCGUACCCCCAACACCAGAUAAGAGGACAAAUGUGGUGCUCAAACAGGUAGUUGAUGUUCAAAGCACACUAGCAGGAGAAACAAGAGAUGAGGAAGGCCAAGAACAAAAUUGUAAGACUGUCAGUAGAAGAACAGAUGAGGAUGGCCUCCAGCAGGAUGUUUUUGAGCUAGUCUUGGAUCCAUCUUGUGCUUCGGUGUUAACACCAAUUAAUACUGACAACUCUAAUAAAGAUAUUGAUAUCACUGUAAAAGAAAUAACCAAGUUGAAGGAACAUAAAAGAAAGCACAGGCCCAAGGUAAUGGAAGAAGGCAAACCAAGAACAUCUAGUCCAGCUAGUCAGGGAGCUGCCAAUUCUCAAGAAAACGUGAGAACUAAAAGGAAAUAUGUCCGAAAGAAUGCAGCCAACAAAUCCCUGGAAAACCCUCUUGAACCAGGAACUCUUGAUCCAGUCACCCCAGCUGGUUCUUUGGAAAAUUCAAGAGGUCUAAGGACAUACACUCGAAAGCGUGGCGUCAACAUAAUAGAAACAGGCGCAUCGACUGAUAUGGAAGAGCGAAAGCGGGGUAGGAAAAAAUGUUGGAAGAGUUUAAAAUUUGACAAUGAAGGAAAACAGAAAGAUGAAAAUUCUUUGUUCGAAUCUUCAUCCAACUCUUCAGAAUCUUUGGCUCAUAUUUUAACUACUGGAAGUUAUCGAUCACAUUCAGUACUGAAGCAUUGCAAUGAAAAUGACGCAGUGUUCAACCAUGGACAAGCUGACAUGUUUGAUGACCCAAAUCCUUCAAUGAAGCACCAACCAGAAGGUUCGAAAUGCUUUUCUGAAAGCCAGGCAUCGAUUGUUGAUAUACCAAUUGAAUAUAGCUCUUCCUGGAUAAAACUUCAAAGUAAUUACCAUGAGAAUGAGAGAGGGAUGGGAAGGAUCAGUUCAACUAAUCAUUUGUUAUCAAGUUCAGAAAAUCUAUUCUGCAGUAGUACAACCAUCUCAAGCGAGGGAAAAGAAGCAAUGGGUUUAAAGAGAAAAUGGUAUCAAAAUAUCAAACAAGAUGAUACCAGGAGUUUUGAUUUACUUGAGGAAUUUUAUUCGAUUUAUGGGUCUCAGAUGCCACAAGCAGAGUACUUUCCUAAAGAGAAUUCUGAUAAGGUGCAAAAUUUUGGCCCAUCUAGCACAUAUUUUAAUAUUACUGGACAAACAUGCAAAGUAAGUAGCUUAAAGGAAAAUUCUUGCACAUCAAAAGCACAGUACUGGCUACCUAGACCUCAGAACCACAGUUUAUUCCCAAGGAUACAUGAAGGAUCAGCGAGUCCCAAUAAAUUACAACCCUUUGAGUCCAGCUUGGCCACAGGCCAGAUGAAGAUGACACACACAAGAUGCAACGCUCAAGAUCAUGUUUGGACUUUGGAUUCAUGGUCCCAUCAUUGCAACAGGCAGUCAAAAUAUUCCCACAAACAACCACUGGCAGUUACUGAUCUUCAAAGAGUUGAGAGUUCUCACAGACAUCACCCAUCCUCAGGUGCCGAAGUUGACAAGAUCAAGAUGCAAGGAACAGUGUUGAGGGAAAAACAAAAAACUCUUACUUCUUACAAUAUGGAUGGAGCAGAGCAGCAUCCAAAGCUUGCUUUAUACAGUCACCGCAAAACUUCCCAAUUUCCUCCAGGGUCUCUUUCAGAAAUAAAUUCAGGAUCGAAGCUUUCUACCAAUGCCAUGGUUGAGGAAAUGAAGAUGCUAGACAUUAACAGAGAAGGAAAAAUAUCAUUAUAUGAAAAACAGAAUGAAAUUGUAACUUACGAGAUGCAGAACCAAGAGCACAAUGCACUUGUUGUGUAUAGAGGAGAUGGCUCUAUAGUACCAUUUGAAGGUUCUUUAGAUCCUGUCAAAAAACGAAGACGAUAUGCCAAAGUUGAUCUUGAUGAAGAGACAGUUAGAGUCUGGAAGCUAUUAAUGGACAAUUCCAAUAAGGAACUUGUUGACGGAUCAGAUGAAGCUAAGGAGAAAUGGUGGGAGGAAGAAAGAAGUGUUUUUUCUGGACGAACAGACUCAUUUAUUGCAAAGAUGCAUCUAAUACAAGGAGACAGAGGCUUUUCCCAGUGGAAAGGAUCAGUUUUAGACUCGGUAAUCGGAGUUUUUCUCACUCAGAAUGUCUCAGACCAUCUUUCCAGCUCGGCAUUUAUGUCACUUGCUGCACGUUAUCCCUUAAAAUCCAAUAGCCUCCACAAGUCAAGUGUUGAUGAACAGACAAGUUUAAUCCUCAACGAAUCACAAGUUAAUUUGCGCCAAGCAGAAGAUAGUGUAAUAUGGGCAAAGCAGAUUUCAGAUCAACCAAUUUGUAAACAAAGUUGCACGACCAUUUGCGAAAUUGACCAAGCCGAAGAAAAUUUUCUGACCAGCAGUGAUUCUUCAGGAAGUAAUACUGCUGGGGUUACCUCUAUGCGUGGAUACCAGUGCUCAGUUACAUCUUAUAGUAGUAAAAAAAUAGGCGAAUUGGAAGAUAGAAGAUUGACAACAGAAAUUAAUACGACAGUAGAAGCAUUUUCUUCGGGAGAUGAGAAGACUGCAGAUGCUGCUAUAUCAUCUCAAAUGUCCGUUGUUCCUGAGCAUUCUAUAAAUUCCCUUUGUCCACUAUCAAUUGAAGAUAAAAUACCCUGCUUGAAAAGCAACUGUGGAAAAGAUCUGUCAUCAAAAGAUAUAUGUGGCAAUGGGUCUGCUUCAUCUGUGGAGGUCAAACGGGUUAUAGAAACAAAUAAACUUAAGUCAGACUUUAAAAUUGCCGGUGCUACUGACUCAUCGGAUGAUAGUACGUCUGAAGAGAAGUCUGUUUGUCAAAGAGAACACGAUGAAAUUCCAGAUUCUCCGAAAAACCAUUUAAAAGAAUCCCCUAGUCAAUCAAGUAAUCAAUUGCAGAAAAUUUCAAACUCAGGAGGUACAGAAGUUGAGUGCUUUAAACUAUGCAGAGAAGUUACUCCAUUUUCUUACGUAUACAAAAGACGGGAUGUAUAUCAUACUAAUGAACGUUCACAGACACUUAAUUUGGUAUCCCAAACUACAGUUGUCAACACCAACAAUGUUGAAGCAAAAAGACGUUGUAGGGAAUUGUGCAGUCUUGAUCAAUUAAGUGAUCACAAUGUGAUGUUCCAGUCUGACGGAAGAUUGAUUCAAGUACCCCAUGGCAUCAAAUCACAGACUUCAAUGAGCCACUGGAACAUACAUCAAACUCUACCAAAUUCUUUGAUAGAUAAUUCUCUUGAUCCUACCAGCUGGAAGACAGGAGAACCGGCUCAAAAUAAGCAUGAUCAUUCACUUAGUAGCGAGUUCAAUGAUCCAAAAUCAGACAUUCUUAAACCAAACAGAGAACGAGUUAAAAAGGAAAAAAGAGUUGGCGUUGAUUGGGACAGCCUUAGGAAACAGGUGGAGGCGACUGGAAGGAGAGAGAGAACUACAAAUACAAUGGACUCACUGGAUUGGGAAGCCGUAAGAUGUGCAGAUAUUGAUGACAUUGCUUACACGAUCAGAGAACGAGGGAUGAACAACAGGCUUGCAGAAAGAAUUAAAGAUUUUCUUGACCGUCUGGUGAAAGAUCAUGGAAGCACUGAUCUUGAGUGGUUAAGGGAUGUUCCGCCUGAUCAAAGAGUAUUUACUCAGCAUAAGGGGAUUGGGAUUGAAAAGCGUGGAGUGUGUACGCCUUCUUACUCUGCAGCAAGUUGCUUUUCCGGUGGAUACCAAUGUUGGACGCAUAGCUGUAAGAUUAGGAUGGGUACCUCUUCAGCCACUGCCAGAAUCACUGCAACUGCAUCUUUUGGAGCUGUCAGUAAUCAAUACCCAGUUCUUGAAUCCAUUCAAAAGUAUCUCUGGCCUCGACUGUGCAAGCUUGACCAAAGAACAUUGUAUGAGCUGCAUUACCAAAUGAUUACUUUUGGAAAGGUCUUCUGCACAAAAAGCAAACCAAAUUGCAAUGCUUGUCCAAUGAGAGGAGAGUGCAGGCAUUUUGCCAGUGCUUUUGCGAGUGCGAGGCUUUCACUUCCAGCGCCAGAAGAAAAGAGUUUGAUCAAUGCAAGUGAAAGAAAAGCUGAUAUAAACCAGGCCGUAGUUGUUCAUCAACAACCGUUGGCUCUCACUCAGGAAUCAGAGCCAAUUGAAAGUAAUCAGCAAUUAAUCAGCGUGAAAUCUGGAGGAAGUAACAAGGAUCCUAUUAUUGAAGAACCAGAGACACCGGAGCCAGAAUGCCCACAGAUUUCUGAAAUUGACAUUGAGGAUACUUUAUACGAAGACCCUGAUGAGAUUCCUACCAUAAAGCUUAAUAUUGAAGCAUUCACUAAGCACGUACAGAAUUACAUGCAAGAAAAUAUGGAACUUCAGGAAGGUAGCAUGUCAAAGGCGCUUGUCCUCUUAAGUCCAGAAGCAGCAUCAAUUCCCAUGCCUAAGCUUAAAAAUAUCAGUCGACUGAGAACAGAGCAUCAAGUUUAUGAACUUCCAGACUCCCAUCCUCUUCUAGAAAAGUUACAAUUGGAGCGGCGCGAACCUGAUGAUCCAUGCUUCUACCUUCUUGCCAUAUGGACACCAGGAGAGACAGCAAAUUCUGUUGAACAACUACAUACGCAUUGUAGUUCUCAAGAAGGUGGUGGACUGUGCAGAGAAAAAGAAGGUUUCUCAUGUAAUAGUGUUAGAGAAGCUGAUUCCGAAGUGGUUAGAGGAACACUUCUGAUCCCAUGUCGAACAGCAAUGAGAGGAAGCUUUCCGCUUAAUGGAACUUACUUUCAAGUUAAUGAGGUAUUUGCUGAUCAUGAUUCUAGCCUUAACCCAAUUGAUGUUCCUAGGAGUUGGUUAUGGAAGCUCUCAAGGCGGACAGUGUACUUUGGAACAUCCAUACCAACAAUAUUCAAGGGUUUAUCGACCGAAGAGAUUCAAGGCUGCUUCUGGAAAGGGGCUCUAGAGUCAGACUCACCCAAUCAUCCAAAGACAAAGCCUUCUCCAUUUCACUGCAUUGGAGCUCAGAGCGAUGAUCAUGGAUACUUUCAGUCCUCUCUUGCACUUUGCCACUUAAACAGAAUUCUUCAAGGAACGAAGAGUUGAUGAUCAUAUUGCAUGACUCGAAAAAAACAAUCAAGAAUGGCUACUCAAUAGAGUUAAUUAAGCUCGACUACAAGUCUACAAUGGAAACAGUCAGCAUAUUGAUCCCUACAGGUGAACAAAGGAAGGACAUAUUGGUCCCUGCAGGAGAACAAAGAAAGAGCCUUGCCAUAUUUUACAAAUUAAAUGUUGCAGCACCCAUUAAAGGCAGUCACAGAGCCACCUACAAGGAAGUUGUUCUUAAUACCAAAGUGUAACAUGUGGAAGAAAUCAGCACAAAAGAAAGAGAGAAUCUCUUUGAAAGAACAAAACUUUUAUUAAGAAUUUACAAAGGUCGACACCUUGAGACACUCGACCAUUUUUCACUCUAAGUUUCUCUCUGACUCUCUUGUUUUUCUUUCAUCCUCUCUUUGCUCGUUUUCUUUACAAAUGGAGAUGCAACUCCUAUUCAUAAGUGCGAGAUCUUGAGUUUAAGCUAA